AUUGAGCCAUAGAAUAAAUUCUCUCUCUUACACACACAUAUAUAUUGUCAAGUUAGAAGGGGCCUCAGUCUCUUCACACUUGGACAGGAAAAUUCUCUAACUUUCACUUCAUAUUUGGCUAAUAUUUGCAGAAGUACGUACAAGAGCGAGCUACCUGGGUUUUUGAAUAACCCGUAGACUUGAGAGAGGAUACAAAUAAGCUUGAGACAUGAGCAAACCGGUUAAAGAUGUAUCAAUUGAGUUGAGCGAACUAGAACAGAUUGCAAAAUGGCCAGAACUAGAAUUAGAACAGAGUACAAGUACUUGUGCAAAAUCGACAGAACCAGCAGUAGAUCGCAGUAUAAGUGUUACUAAGAAAUGGAUAGAAUUGAAGGAAGCUCUUGUUUUACGCGGUCGUCAUCACCGUUCAAAAUGGGAUAUGACCUUCGCAAUAUCAUCUGCAUUUGCUGUGUUCAUUGAUCCCUUGAUCUGUUACGCUCCCGUCCUCAUCGAUGAUAACACGUGCUACUAUUGGGACCACAGGUUGAUGUGGACAUUUUUCGCCUUACGAUCAGCCGCAGAUCUAUUUUAUGCAACGGACAUUUUUGUUUUCCUAAGUCGAAGUCGCGCUAAGCCAUUUCGGACCUCCUGGACAAGAAUUAUUGGCGGUCCUCAUACAAAAAUUUGUAAAAUGUUGAAUGGCAAGAAAACACUUAGGUUUUUACGCAUUCUGCCUCGCAUUUGUGCUGCUCUUCCCAUUCUACAGGCAAUAAUACUCAGUGGAAAAUAUACAUCCGUUGAUAACAAUGAGUUUUUUUAUCUAAUUCCAAUCCAAUAUACCCUACGAGCUAUUAGGCUCUACCGACGGCUCAAUCGGAGUUCUAGUAUAGAGACUACAGUAAGAAGAUUACGUAAAGCUGUUUUGGACUUCCUUCCCUUCAUCCUUGCUGCUCAUCUAUUCGGAGCCUUGUGGUACAUUCUUGCUGUGGAUCGAAAGAUAGGUUGUUGGCAGGAGCACGUCUGUAAAUUUGAUGGUAUAUGUGGUCGAGAAGCACUUGAUUAUUUCUUCUAUUGCAGUAGUUCCACUCCUGCAAACAAUAUGAAGUUCAAUAGCUCCCUUUUACAAAAGUCAUGCGCUGUACAACUUUCAGAAAAUGUAUCAACUUUACCUUUCGAUUUUGGUAUAUAUCUAUACGCUCUCCAAUCUGACAUGACAAGGUCAAGAGGUCUUCCAGUGAAGAUGUUGCAAUGUCUUUGGUGGGGCCUGCGAAAUCUGAGGUUUGUUCAUUGGAAUUUUGUUUUGUUUUUGGUUUUUCCUUCCCACUUUGAGCUAUAUUGCUUUUCAUCAUUUUAUUUUUGCAGUUCUUUUGGUUCAAACCUCCAGACCAGUUUCUUUAUGGACGAAAUCAUCUUUUCAAUUCUGAUAUCUAUAAGUGGCUUGGCACUGUUUUUAGUAUAUCUCAAUGCAAGGGUGCAGGGGUCGCAAAAAAUAUUAGAUCAGCUCAACUUAAGAGAGAAGAUGCAAAGUAUAUAUCCACAGAUAAUAACUCAAAUGCGUAUUAUGUGCCGUCUCCGCUUGGAUUCACUAAAGGAAGUGCCGAUGCUUAAAAGUACAGAUGAGAAAAUGUUACAAGCAAUCUGCGAGCAUCUUAAGCCGGUAACUUAUGGGGAGGAUAUUUAUAUCAUUCGAGAAGGGGAACCACUUCGAAAGAUGCUUUUCAUCACUCAAGGCACUGCUUUGACCUACACAACCAUUAAGGGUGGAACAAAUGUUUGCAAGUGCCUUGAGAAAAGUGACUUUUAUGGAGAAGAACUUCUAAAUUGGGCGUUCAAAUUCGGCUCAUUUUCUGAGUUACCUAUCUCCCCUACGACUGUUGUAUCCCAAACAAAAGUUGAAGCGUUUUCUAUUAGGGCCAACCACUUGAAGUCUGUUGUCGCUCAAUUUUGGUGGCGUUUUCAAAAGGAACUUCCUCGUUCUCAGUUGGAGCAUUUCUCAGCUUCUUGCUUGCAGAAAUACUGGCGUCAUCACAUUAAAUUAACUAAAAAUACAGGAUCUAAAGAAAAGAGAGAGUAAUAAGUACAUGAAUGAACCUACUAAUAAUUCUCUGAGUUUGCUUUGGAUCUUGUAACACAACAAUUCUUGCCAUAUUGGGGUUAGGCCUUGUUUCGAUUUUUUUUUUUUAAAACUACUUUUCGUUGGCCUUCACCCUUUUCCUAUAUGUUUAUUGUUUUGUCUUGUUUUUGGUUUCUGCUGACCGCCGCUAGGUGUGUUGUUCAUCAA